CGUUCGAGUCACAUCUUUCCGCAGGGUCACGCACGAUAGAUUAUUUUUUUUUUUAAUAAAGGCCAUAUACUGGGGGGGCUAUACGGUUUUCACAAAACACGUCAGCCGCCUAGUGAAUCUUCGGAGUGUUAUUACAGUAUUGUAAAUGAGAAUUUGGAGAUAAAUAUUUAUUCAUUACACAUGGAAUUACGCUGUCGAGCUAUCACGCGUGUUCAUCCAGUUGUUUUGAAUUAGAAGGCAAAAAUUUCUUCACUACGCUUGGGUACUUUCUUAGAAACAAAUUGACGACGAAUUUUGAUCGUUUGUUCGAGCAACGCGAGUGAAAUAGACGAGUAAAUGAAAAUUUUUGUAUUCAAAUUUUCACUAUUAUUUCAACGUCCUGACAACACUGAAGGAUUAAAUGAAGAAGUGAAGCGGCGGCUAACAACUAAAUAAAAACCGGUGUGAUUUAUCAAUGUACACUUUGGAUUCAUCAAAAGUGGAUUAUUCAUACACGGAUUAAAUGGAGUAUCCCAAGUGGUUCAGAGUGUUGAAUACAAUGUGAAAUCUCACGUUUAUAUAUUAUAAUAUUCUCCUGUAAUCAAGUGUUUGUCGUGUGCUUGUUCGUUUGAAAAAUAAGAAUAAAAAAUUACUUCGACCCCAAGGGAUAGCUGAAGGGGGCCCUUAUGGCUGUGCAGCGAGUACUUUGUGUUUUCGCCUCGAGGAGGUAACCCAUAAAGUGGGUAAGAGGAGAAUCAACUGUCAACAAUAUUGAGUUAUUAUCAUCGCGGUGGAUUGAACAUCAAAAUUUGGAGGAAAAGAGGCUCCAAAGUUGGGAGCUUUUUCAUUUCUUCCAAAAAAAAAUUCUCUGUCAACAAACAUGUGGACCACGAUGCUGGUGUGGACGAUGGCCGUUGUGCUUCUUCCGUCACCGCGUACGGUGAAUGCCUCCGGUGUUUUUGAACUGCGACUAAAGUCAUUUGCCAAUGAAUAUGGCAAGGAUAAUACUGGAGAGUGUUGCUCCGGUAGUAAAUCGAAAACAGGAGAGUGCACUGGUGUCUGCAAGACAAGAUUCCGAGUGUGUUUAAAACAGUAUCAAGCGAAAAUUGAUACAACAUCACCGUGUACUUAUGGUGAUGUUGUAACACCGGUACUAGGUGGUAAUGUUGUAAAUCUCAGUCCGGAUAUCGCUCUGCCGAGCUUCACAAAUCCCAUCAGAUUUCCAUUUAACUUCUCCUGGCCGGGCACAUUCUCACUGAUUGUAGAGGCGUAUCACGAGGUUGAAAACAUCACGGGCCAUUCGCCUGAAAAAGUGUUGAUAAGGCGAUACAUGGAUCAACGAUGGUUGGACGUUGGCACUGAUUGGACAGCAGCCGAGUAUGCUGAUGGUGGUACACGAGUAACCUUUGCAUUCAGGGUUACUUGUAAGCCACACAAUUAUGGAAAGGGUUGUGAAAAAAUAUGUAACCCCCGCGAUGACAUCUUCGGGCAUUACAGUUGCAGUCCAACAGGAGAGCGUGUAUGUUUGUCUGGAUGGAAAGGCGACUACUGUGCUACUCCUCGCUGUCUGCCUGGAUGUGACGAGCAGCACGGACACUGUACAGCACCCAACGAGUGCAAAUGUAGUAAAGGCUGGACUGGAGCAUUUUGCGAUCAAUGCAUGAGGUAUCCAGGAUGCCUCCACGGUACCUGUCAAAAACCAUGGGAGUGUCUAUGCAACGAGGGAUGGGGCGGCUUAUUCUGUAACCAGGAUCUAAACUACUGUACGAAUCACAAACCAUGCCUUAAUGGUGGCACCUGCUUCAACACCGGCCAGGGUUCAUACACCUGCUCAUGUGCGCCAGGCUUCAAUGGUACUGACUGCGAAAAACCCCUCACCGAUUGUCACUCAAAGCCUUGUCUCAAUGGUGGUACAUGCAGUAUGAUAAACAAUAGCACACAGCAGCAGCAGCAGCAGCAGCAGCAGCAGCAGCAGCAGCAUCAAGAACGACGGAUUACAACGAGAUCUCACCCAACGUCAAACACAAAUAUCACUGAUGUCGCCUUAAGACCCAUUGCAUAUCGUUGCACGUGCCCACCAGGAUGGAGUGGACGUCACUGUGAAAUAAGCUCGAGGUCAUGCAGAGAUUCACCUUGUCUUCAUGGUGCAACUUGUGUUGAUGACUCAUUAAAAGGUUACACGUGUCACUGUCCAUCCGGUUAUACUGGUGCAGAUUGUGAAGCUCAAAUAAACGAAUGUGCACCAAAUCCUUGUUUAAAUAAUGGCACAUGCUCGGACGUUGUCAAUGGCUACCGAUGCACCUGUCGAACUGGAUUCACCGGCUCGCGAUGUGAGGUUGAUAUAAAUGAGUGUGAAAGUGAUCCAUGCUUAAAUGGUGGUACCUGCGUAGACAAGGUGGGUGAAUACCGAUGCCAUUGUAUACCUGGUUUCACCGGAUCUGUGUGCCAAGACAAAGUUGAUUAUUGCCGUGCUAAGCCAUGUGCCAAUGGUGGUAAAUGCAUUUCCGGUACCAAUGACUACACGUGCAUAUGUAAACCCGGAUUCACCAAUAAAGAUUGCAGUAUUGAAGUUGAUGAAUGCAAAAGUGCACCAUGUCAGAAUGGUGGUAUAUGCACAAAUCGUGUCAAUGAAUUUUUGUGCGAAUGCAAAAAGGGCUGGCGUGGUGGUACAUGCAGUGAGCCCGACACUGGUAUCGCCAUUGGACGGCCAGUAACAUCGAGUAACAGUGGUGUACCACCAUCUGGGGCGAGUUACUGGUCUGGCAAUCUGUCACGGCCUUCGGCUGAGGCUAGAGAUGCUGGACUAACGACUGAACACGUUGUUGUCAUUGCAACAUUAUCAACAGCAGUACCUGCAUUUGUUCUGGUUGCUGCGCUUGCCGUUAUGUGUAUGAAGAGGAGACAGAAACGUGAGCAGGCGAGAGCCGAUGAAGAGGCGAGACUGCAAAACGAGAGAAAUGCUGUUCACAGCAGUUUGAGUAAACGUAGUGCAUCCACUGGCUGUGGUGGUGGUAAUGCUAAUGGUGUCAGUAUGGUUGGACCGGGCGGUGUAUUUCAGAGUGGUGCUGGAUGUAGUAGUGGACUUGGGGGAACAGGUACUAGUGUUUGUUCACUUGGUACCGGUGAUUCUCACAUGAUUAAAAAUACGUGGACAGCAAAUAAGAGUGUUAACAAUGCAACAGUAACGAGGGACGAUCUUGACUCGUCUUUCCAGACUGACAGUGGUCUUGAUAUAUCGUGCGGUGGUUACAAACCCGAGCCAGUUAUGCCAGAUGGUAGAUCAAGGACUCCAAAACAAUUGAAUACAGAGGCUGCGGCUCAUCGUGCAUCACAUCAUUUUCAAAAAGAAAAAGAUAUUUGUGCUAGUGUUGGUGUACUCGAUGCUAAGAGGACGUCAAUGUUCUCGAGUAAUACAUUGGAUAGUUGUUGCGCGAGCAGCGAUCCUUCGUUAUUGAAGAGGCCAACGUUAACGGACAGUGGCGGCGGCGGUGGCGGGGGUGGUUGUGCCAGUGAGGGUAACUGUGGUGUUUAUGUUAUAGACGAUCAUUAUAGACAUGAUGCUGCAUUAGCUGCCACGCUUGCCACGGAAGUGUAGUUGUCAAUUUUAAACACUAUUUAUUAAGUAUGGAUUCGAUGAAACAGAUAAACUCUGAUAAAAAAGACUACUAUGAAUUUUCGUUCUCUCGAAUAUUAUUAAUCACUGAUUUUUAAUUCAUUCGUUUUUCUCUUCAUUUCCUCCUUGAUGAAGUCGGCAAUUGCCAUUCCUGUUUAAGCAACAUGUACUAUUUCUCGGAAUUCCAUAGACGAAAAUAUUCAUAUUUCUUUUUUGUCCGUUUUUCACACUUAAUUUAUAAAUAAAAUGCGCCGACAAGAUCUACGCGAAUAACUGGAUUAUUUCGUGUUCAAGGGUAUGGAAAAUGAAGUAGAAAUAGAGAGACGAAGAUAACAGUGAGAGAUGCUGUGUCGGCAAUGCUCAAAUGCAAAGCCAACUCCGCGAUAAUACCCCUCUACUCCCUUGUCCUCGUAUGCCCACCCCCCUCCCCGCCCUCACUUAGAUAUUUAAUAAUUAUUAUGCUCGAAGCAAGAAACUCUGUACAGAAUUAAUUUAUUAUAAUUGUUAUCUAUUAUUAUUAGUGGAUGUUCCUCUGUGCGUGCUGUUGAUAUUACUUUGUUGAGGUAAUGAGAAUGUAAUAUCGAUUGCUUUAUCAUUGAUAAUAACAAUAAUAUAUAUGCAUUAUCAUUGUUCCAGUAAAUUAUGAAAAGAUUGUGUCUUUUUGUGAGAAGAGUGUGAACUCUUAUGCGGCAAAUGAUAGGAAUUGUAAAACGUUCGUAUUAAAUGAAUGUGUAUGUGAGUGAGCGUACAGUGUAUAUGCGUGAAUAUGUCAUGUAAAUAGUUCUUUAUCUUUUUUUUGUAUUUUGUUUGCGUCAAAUAUGGGAACCGUCUGAACUUAUAUAUAUAUAUAUAUAUAUAUAUAUAUAUAUACGUCUGAAUUUCGUAAAAAUGGUUAUUUCUGCUCUCGGGAACUUUUUUUCAUGACCCGGUUUUUAAUGCGCGCGGUCUUUAAAAGUCAAGAAUGAGAUCUCAUGCGAACUUUGAAAUUCAACAGAAACUCAAUUCAGAUAGUGGCUCUGGUAAUUAAAUCAAUUCCCUUUUGAAGUCAUUAGAAACAUGGCAAGUUGCGUUCAAUAAUUCCAUAGUAAAAUAACUUGACGAAAUUUCCAGAUAUAUUAAUUCGCCUUCAAAGUACGAUCCUUGCAACCAAAGAAUGGUAUUUAACCGGGUACCUCUACCCUCUCCCUGAUUCUCACAUAAAACCACAUUCCCCAUCAUUCGAACCCGAAACUAUUCCCUGGUUGCAAGCAAAUAUAAUUGACGGAAAUUCUGAAGGACUCUUCAUGUUUGCUUUUAUUUUGAUUAUUUUUCCCCAAUGCAGACAUUAGAACAACAACUGGUUCAUGUAAGAAAAAAAAUCUGUCGCUUUCGACAACGAACGGUAAAAUGUGACUGUCUGGUUGUUUCCAAAAAAAUAAUUUGUAAUGUAUAAAAAAUAAAUGUAGUGAC